GAGGUCGAACGCGCCGCCAAGCUUCUGCGUGAUGUAGCCGUCGGGAAGACUAUUGUCAAAGUCGAUGCUCUCGAGGACACGAUUGUGUUUACAGGAGGUAUCACGAACGAACACUUCGUGUCGGAGCUCGAAGGAAGGAAAGUUGCAGAUGCGCAACGAUACGGCAAAGUUUUCUACCUCAUGCUUGAGGGAAAAGGCAGACACCCGGUCUUACACUUCGGGAUGACUGGAAUGCUUCAGGUGAAGGGACAACGCGCCAUGCGAUACAGGGAGAAUGGAAAGAGCAAGACAGCGUCUGACGAGGAAUGGCCCCCUAGAUUCAUGAAGUUUGUGGUUCACCUCAGAGGCGACAGUGAUGAAGACGAGACACAAGUUGCCUUUCUCGACGCACGCCGGCUGGGGCGCAUCCGCCUGUGUCAGACGCCUCUGACCGAACCCCCCAUUUCGGCUCUCGGAUUCGACCCCAUCCUGGGGAUGCCCAGCUUGGAAGAAUUCUCCAAGGCAGUGCGGAAGAGGUCGUCUCCCAUCAAGGCCCUCCUCCUCGACCAAAGUUUCAGCGCAGGCGUUGGGAACUGGGUCGCAGAUGAGAUUCUGUACCACGCACGAGUUCACCCAGAGGAGCGCUGCAACGUACUCACCGAAGCACAAGUCCAAGCGCUACACGAGAAGAUCUCGUACGUGUGCGAGACGGCGGUCUCCGUGAACGCCGACGACACAAAGUUCCCCGAGAACUGGCUAUUCCAACAUCGCUGGGGAAAGGGAAAGAAGGAAAAGCACACUCUCAAACUUGUUCGUCUGUCUGAGUCUUCCGUCAAGCUCAGUGUGUUGAUCAGUCUCAUACAGCCGGAUGGCAAACUUGCGACCAUCAAGUGGAUCACCGUAGGAGGACGCACGUCCGCAUACAUCGCCGAAUUGCAGAAGCUCAAGCGAGGGAUCGACUCCACCGCGAAAGUACGUUCAAAAUAA